UAUUAAUAGCUUCUCAUGCACACAUACAGCAAAACAGCUGCUCGGUGACCAAGCAAAGACUCAGUACAAGAUCUUCAAAUCAAACCCUGACUUUAAAGAAGGCAGAAUGGGAGACUUUCAAAACUUUGAACAAGACUUCUAUCAGUCUGGAUAUUAUAUGGAUGGACAGCAAGAGGAUGCAUAUGGCUAUGAUCCAGCCUACGUCAAUCCAGACUAUAAUGAAGCCGAUAAUUCCACACAUUUAGCAAAUGAAUACACCACUACGGCAUCUUAUACCGGACAGGUGUAUCAGCCUGGAGCGCCACCGGAGCAAACAGAAUAUAUGGACUCAUACGAGGAAGAACCACCGCUCCUAGAAGAGUUGGGCAUUAACUUUGACCAUAUCUGGCAGAAGACUCUGACUGUGUUAAAUCCACUGAAGCCCGCGGAUGGCAGUAUUAUGAAUGAGACAGACCUCACCGGGCCCGUUCUCUUCUGCGUUGCACUGGGAGCCACAUUACUGAUGGCAGGGAAAGCACACUUUGGGUAUGUGUAUGGCAUCAGUGCUCUGGGGUGCGUGGGGGUGUACAUGCUGUUGAACCUGAUGAGCAGUUACAGCAUAUCCUGUGGAUGUGUGGCGAGUGUGCUGGGAUACUCUCUCCUCCCCAUGGUGGGACUCUCUGCCUUUGCUGUUCUGUAUUCCCUUCAGGGGCUCUUGGGAACACUGUUGGCCUUGUUUGUGAUUGGCUGGUGCAGUCUAUCAGCUUCUAAGAUCUUCAGCUCCACUCUUGACAUGAGUGGGCAGCAGCUGCUGGUGGCCUAUCCCUGUGCUCUCCUGUACGGGGUCUUCGCUCUCCUUACUGUCUUCUGAAAGCUAUUCUCGACAACCGUCUCUCUAAGAUCAGAUGAUCAAAUCCAGUUGCACGUAAUUCACAGCUUGUCACAGUUGCUGCAAAUGAAGGUUACUUUACAAUUUUGUCAACAAAACUCGAGCUGGGUUUUCAAAAUAAUUUUGAUAUUGGAAUGCAUGCAAAAAGAAAAUGUAAUAAAAAGGUUGG